GGGUUUUCUUGGGCGCGCGCGCGCCGCACGCGCUCCCUCUGCUCAGUCACUGCGCAGAAGCACUCACGAAAAGCUCGGAGAAGCUCAAUCCAACAUGACAUAACCUCGUGAACCGGCGCUUCCAGGCACGAGCUCGCAGUUUGCUCUGCCCUCCCAGCCUCGCAGCAUCCCUGCGGUAUCCGUUUACAACUUUCCGCCCCCCCGCGCCGCCCUCUACAGCCGCCCGGUACUUCUUCUCCUCCCCUCAUCCGGAGGGACGAGCAGCUUUCUGGGGAAUUACAGGAGUUCUCGUUUCUCGCCAGACUUUCAGGGGGAUCCGCAUGGAUGUGACAGCGGAGGAAGAGACGCCUCUGCCGGGCAUCCGAGGGCGAGGGAUGGCGAGCCAGAAGAGGGUGAAAGCGAGGCGGAAGAGGCGAAAGGAGUUGGUUUUGAUCCAGAUCUGCCUGUUCGGCGGCUUGCUGCUGCUCGUCAAGGGGCUUUCCUUCUUCGGGGAGAAUUCAGGUUCUGAUGUCCCGGUCCGGAGCUCUGGGGGCCAGGAGCGCUGGGUGGGAAGGAGGCUGCAGCAGGAAACGGACAACAGCAGCCUGGAGCAAAUGGAGAUUGAAGAGGGACCUAAGAACUGCACCACUCCAGCUCUGCACGAGUUCCCCACAGACCUGUUCACGCAUGAAGAGCGGACGGAGGGAGCCGUGGCCCUGCAUGUCCUGUGUACCUUCUACAUGUUCUGCGCUCUGGCCCUCGUCUGCGAUGACUACUUCGUCCCCUCCCUGGAGAAGAUCUGUGAGCGUCUGGAUCUCAGCGAGGAUGUGGCGGGCGCCACCUUCAUGGCCGCCGGCAGCUCGGCCCCGGAGCUCUUCACUUCGGUGAUAGGCGUGUUCAUCACCAAAGGGGACGUGGGGGUCGGGACAAUCGUUGGCUCGGCGGUCUUCAACAUCCUCUGCAUCAUUGGCGUCUGCGGCUUCUUUGCCGGUCAGGCAGUGAAGUUGUCUCACUGGGCUCUGCUGCGAGAUUCCACCUAUUACACAUUUUCCAUCACGGCCCUCAUCGCGUUCAUCUACGAUGAGAAGGUGUGCUGGUGGGAAUCUUUGGUCCUGAUCCUCAUGUACGCCGUCUACAUCCUCAUCAUGAAGUUCAACGGCAGAGCUCAUCGCUACUUCGACCGUCGAAAGAGGAACUCCAUGAAUCUGGCCAACGGACUGACGGGAAGCACCGACCUGGAGGACAACGUGUCAUGUGACGCCACCGCCGUCCUGCUGAAGAAAGUGAACUUCCACUGUAAGCCGUCUGUGCUGAUGGUGGAUGAGCUGCUGUCCGCUUACCCUCACCAGCUGUCCUUCUCUGAGGCUGGCAUGAGGAUCAUGAUCACCAGUCACUUUUCCCCAAGAACCCGCCUCACCAUGGCCUCCCGCAUGCUCAUCAAUGAGAGACAAAGACUGAUCAACACCACAGAGACUCGGGUUAACCACAUCACUAACGGCGACUCAGACUCUGCUGCCAGGACUCAAGGGAGGCGGGGCUUAGAAAACGGACUCGGUUUGGUGGAGCAGGGUCUGAACGGGAAGUGCAGACUUCAGCGGCUGGAGUCGGGCAACGAGACGGAGAACGAUGACAACGACAACAACGAGAACGACGAAGAAGGAGAGGGGGAAGAUGAGAGCGACGGUCCUCUGGUUCCCUUCAAAGUUCCAGCGGGGGUCUGUAACAAAUUUAAGUGGCUGUUCAUGUGGCCGCUGUCCCUGCUGCUCUUCUUCACCGUGCCCAACUGUGGCAAGCGCCGCUGGGAGCGUUGGUUCAUGGUCUCCUUCUUCACUGCCACCAUCUGGAUCGCCGGCCUCUCCUACAUCAUGGUUUGGAUGGUGACUGUGAUCGGGUUCACCCUCGGCAUCCCUGAUGUCAUCAUGGGCAUCACCUUCCUGGCGGCGGGCACCAGCGUUCCAGACUGCAUGGCCAGCGUCAUUGUGGCACGACAAGGUAUGGGAGACAUGGCCAUCUCCAACUCCAUUGGGAGUAACGUGUUCGACAUCCUGGUGGGCCUGGGGCUGCCUUGGGCGCUCCAGACUCUCUGCAUCGACUACGGCUCCGUGAUCCACCUGAACAGCAGAGGACUCGUCUUCUCUGUCGGACUCUUACUGGCCUCAGUCUUCUUCACGGUCCUUGGAGUCCAUCUGAACAAGUGGACUCUGGACUGGCGGCUGGGCCUGAUCUGCCUCAUCAUGUACGCCGUCUUUCUGUGCUUCUCCGUCCUGAUCGAGUUCAACGUCUUCAUCUUCGUCAACCUCCCCAUGUGCCGAGACAUCCACUGACCCUCCCCCGCUUCUCCGGCUCACAGAGGAAACCUCACCUCGUUCUCGGUUUCUCGGCGCCUUUGAGGACAAGUCUUGACUUUUUCUUUCUUUAGAGAACUUGGUUCCUGUAUGGUUUUUAUCUUUUGGUGCAAUACAGAGGAGGCGCUGAGAGGAAGAACCGAAUGGUUGCCUGGAAACCGGGUGAACACCGUCGGACGUCGGUGAUGCAGCUGCUACAGAGGGAGACGAGACAUCAGCCAUUUUUAGCUGUUUGUUACUAUUUGUACCCAUUUGGAUAUAAGCACACAUUUAAGGUAUUUUUAAGCAAACAAACAGCUUUGUCUGUGUAUAUAUUUGAGGAUUCUAUAGUUACUAACACUCACUGACACAUGGGGGACUGGUCUUAUGCAGAACCAUAUCAGCCUUGCAGAGAUCCUCCAGUUCCAGCUGGCGUUGCAUGCUGCAGCCUCAGCUACCGCUUUGCACUGACCGACCCGAGAUGCAUAUUUAAACCUCUGAAAGUCUGUUUCUCUUCCAGAUGAGGGCUCCGCUAAGAGCCCACAGCCAGAGGAAGCCACACUCAGCACCGUCACUUUAUGAAUUUCAGACGUAGUUGUUUUUUUGUUCGUCUGCAGGUCCUCAAACGUGUUACUACUGAUGCUAAAGCUGCCUGUUAGAGCUCCCGAGCGGAGAUAGACGUUAGGUCUCCUUAAAGCCAAAAGUAUUUUUAAGAUUAGAAGUUUUAGAAGAUUUGGGUUUAAGUGUGAGGGACAAUCUGAGAGCUGAGGGUGGCGCUGUGACCGCAGAGACACGGUGGUGAUUUAUUUAUGAAUGAAUUUAUUCAAAGACCGUGUCGGUUUGCAGCGUGCGCCCGCUCAGGUCUCGGCGCCGUACUGUACCUGUUAUUCUCUAAUGUAAGAGCUGGAAACGGACUUGAUGUUGCUUAUAUGUUACAAUAGAGUUUUAUAAUUUAUAGGUUUUUGUACAGUUAAGUUCACAGAUGUGUUGCUGAGUGACAAACUAGAAACUUUGACGCUGCUCAGCCUCAGCAUGAUUAAUUAAAAGCUUCUGAUGCCCCCCUUCCUUGCAGCCACAAGAGGGCGGUGCAGAGCUGGCAUUCAGUUUUGUUCAGGUUUGCAUGCCUUUGUCAUUAUUGGGAUUAUUUUGUGUGUAAUUUUAGGGCAUUUCCAGGACCAGGGAGGCACCAACCACCCCGAUGACGCUGUACAUAUCAGCAGUAGUCGUCAGGAACUCGGCUACGAGUUCACGUGUGCAGAAAUCAGUAGAAUGUAGGCCUGCAGCUGCUAGUGUUCUGCUAAUGUUGUCAUUUGAUGCUCAUGUCUUUGAACCGUUUGUAAAGCUUUUGUUAACGAGGACCUCAGAAGUGGAGCCAGAAAGAUGAUGCCUGGUUGUCUUCUUGCAAUAAACUGAUCUGCAGCUUUCA